AAAAUGGCUCAGCUGUAUUACAAAAAAGUAAAUUACUCCCCCUAUAGAGAUCGGAUCCCGCUGCAAAUUGUACGGGCAGAAGUGGAGCUGUCCUCGGAGGAGAAGGCCUACCUCAGUGCUGUGGAGAAGGGGGACUAUGCCAGCGUGAAACAUUCCUUAGAGGAGGCGGAGAUCUACUACAACAUCAACAUCAACUGCAUGGACCCUCUUGGCCGCAGUGCCCUUCUAAUAGCCAUAGAGAACGAAAACUUAGAGAUUAUGGAGUUGUUAUUGAGCCACAGUGUCUAUGUGGGAGAUGCGCUCCUGUAUGCAAUACGGAAGGAAGUGGUGGGGGCUGUGGAACUGCUUCUGAAUUACAGGAAGCGAAGUGGGGAGAAACAGGUUCCCACGUUAAUGAUGGACACCCAGUUUUCGGAAUUCACCCCCGACAUCACCCCUAUCAUGUUGGCUGCUCAUACUAACAACUACGAGAUCAUAAAGCUGCUUGUCCAAAGACGGGUCACCAUCCCACGGCCACACCAGAUCCGAUGCAACUGCGUGGAAUGCGUCUCCAGCUCCGAAGUGGAUAGCCUGAGGCAUUCCCGAUCAAGGCUGAACAUUUAUAAAGCUUUGGCCAGUCCUUCACUCAUCGCCUUAUCUAGCGAGGAUCCAAUCCUGACAGCCUUUCGGCUGGGUUGGGAGCUGAAGGAACUCAGCAAGGUGGAGAACGAGUUCAAGGCGGAAUACGAGGAGCUUUCACAGCAGUGUAAGCGGUUUGCAAAAGACCUUCUGGAUCAGGCACGCAGCUCCCGGGAACUGGAGAUCAUCUUGAAUCACAGGGAUGAUCAGAGCGAGGAGUUAGAUCCCCAGAAGUGCCAUGAUUUGGCCAAGCUAAAGGUAGCAAUAAAGUAUCAUCAGAAAGAGUUUGUGGCUCAGCCCAACUGCCAGCAACUACUAGCAACGCUCUGGUACGAUGGCUUCCCCGGAUGGCGGCGGAAGCAUUGGGCGGUCAAGCUUUUGACCUGUGUCACUAUCGGACUGCUGUUUCCAGUGCUUUCUGUGGCCUAUUUGAUCGCACCUAAAAGCAGGCUGGGACUGUUCAUUAAAAAGCCAUUUAUCAAGUUUAUCUGCCACACGGGCUCCUACCUUACCUUCCUCUUCAUGCUACUGCUUGCAUCCCAGCACAUUGUCAGGACAGACCUGCACAUGCAAGGACCUCCUCCUACUGUGGUGGAAUGGAUGAUCCUCCCCUGGGUUUUAGGCUUUAUUUGGGGAGAAAUCAAAGAAAUGUGGGACGGAGGCUUCAACGAAUACGUGCACGACUGGUGGAACCUGAUGGAUUUUGCAAUGAACUCUCUCUACUUAGCAACCAUUUCUCUGAAAAUUGUCGCAUAUGUCAAGUACAAUGGUUCUCGUCCGAGGGAGGAAUGGGAAAUGUGGCACCCAACCCUCAUAGCAGAAGCCCUCUUUGCCAUUUCAAACAUUUUAAGCUCCUUGCGUCUCAUCUCCCUGUUUACAGCAAACUCUCACCUGGGACCCCUGCAGAUCUCUCUGGGACGUAUGCUGCUAGACAUCCUCAAAUUCCUCUUUAUUUACUGCCUGGUGCUCCUAGCUUUUGCCAAUGGACUCAACCAGCUUUAUUUCUAUUAUGAGACGAGUGCCUCUGAAGAACCCAACCAUUGCAAAGGGAUCCGUUGUGAGAAGCAAAACAACGCCUUUUCCACGUAA